CAAUACAACUACAAUUUCUCUAUUAUGAUGGGCAAGAAAAGCAAAAUAGAAAGGGUUGUAAGGCAGUAGUGGAAACGGGAGGAAAAUGAUAUAGCGUUAAUAUAAGUAUAUUGGUAGGGUUUAGCAGUGGGAAUUCCAAAACAAGCUAAACCGCCUCGACCAGAAGUUAGUGCAUUCUCUCUUCCUGUUGCCACCCUUGUGAUUUGGGUUUCUCCUUCCCCCAGCCCAAGAUAAUGCAGCCAAGGGAACUACCGGGUUUCUAUUAUGACGUGGAGAAGAACAGGUACUUCCCUAUCAAAGCCCCAAUUCCAGGUUCUUCUUCUUCUUCCACCCGUCUCAACAAACCGCCUUCACUCCCUAAGUCGGGCAACAACAUAUGUAAGAGAAUUGGAAUCAGAGCUGCUAAGCUGCUUCAAUCUAGGGAAUUGCAUGGUGAUGUGAUUCCUUCCAAGAAAGGCAAGUGUAACUUUGAGAAGGAAUACCUAAAGGUGCUUGCCUCCCAACCCCUGGUCUGGAAGUAUCAGGAGACAGAUAGAAUAGGUGAUGGUGCUUUGGAACAGAUAUCUACUGAUAUUAACACAUCAGAUGGACAGAGUCCAAAAGAUCUUUUACUAACAGGCGGUGUGAAUGGCUACUUGAGUCUUUAUGAAGUUGCAAAAGUUGGACAACAUUUUGAUUAUGGGGUGAAAUGCAUGCCAGAUCGUGUAUGGCCUCCUGUUAUAGGGAAACAAACAGAGUGUAGUAAAGCAGUUGGACAUAUUUGGAGACCCACAGGAGCCUCAUUAGUUAUGCAGUCAAGUAUAUCUUGUAUCAAGAUGGUUGGGAAGCACUCUCCUUGUACAAUUGAUGAUCAAUCUGCCAUUCAGCACGUGUUGAUAACUACCUUGGGAUCAGAGACAAUUGGUGGAUCUGUAUACAUUCUGAAUCUGACCAGACCAUUAGAUUUCAAUAGCAUUCCCAUCAUAAGGCAAAGAAUGCAUGAGGUUGCUUCUUUCAAUUGUACAAUCUGGACAGCAGAUUGCAAUUCUAAAGGAAGUCAAGCAGUGAUUGGCACAAAUGUGGGAGUGGCUUUAGUGAAUAUGGAAACUAGGGUACCUUCAUGGGUGUGUCGUACCAAAAGCGAUGUUUUGUCUCUACAACUUGAUCAGUCGGGAAAUGUUGUUCUAUGUGGACUUAGAAAUGGAGCAGUUGUGACAGUUGAUGUUCGAGAGAAGCAGGAAGGGGCUUAUGCUAGACAUACUAGACAUCGAGUACCUUAUCCUUCUCAUAGAAUUUCUGAGGCUUCAAGUAGAACUGUUCAAAAGUUUUCCAAGCAAUGGUUUGAGCUGAAGGGGAAAAUAUACCCUGAAAGUACCAUUUUUUUACCUUCAUCUAUUUCCUGUUUGCUGUCCCUUCAGUUGUAUGACCAGUACUUCUUGGCUAGCUCCAUGGAUGGAUCUAUGAAGCUUUAUGAUCAUCGACUAAUCCAGAGAGGUGCUGUACAGUCAUACGAAGGGCAUGUGAAUUCCCAUACCCGAAUACAACUUGGAGUUGAUCCAUCUGAGAGAUUCGUAUUUUCAGGUGGGGAGGACCACAAUUUUCGGAUUUGGAGCAUCACGUCUGGUGAACUACUGUUCGAGGAUAAAUUUUCAAAUUCUGUCCCCUUAACACUGUGUUGGGAGCAAACUCAAAGAGUGCUGGAUGGAACCCACCAACAUGGGCAGAUGCAUGGUUGGAGUGCCUGGAUUGGAUCAGAAGAGGGAGUGUUUCGCAUGCAAUGGUGAUGAGCCUGCAAGUUUUUUUUUUUUUUUGCAAGUAGAAUUGUUUUGGGUAUGGUGGUCAACUUGUGUUCUAAAGCAAUGAAAUUCCCUGCAAAAGUGGAAAGCAUACAAAGUCUGCAGUGGUGUUGAUGCUUACUUGGUCACCGCACGGUGCCCUCGGCGGGAUAAAUCAUUUGGUGUUGUACCUUGUGAUGUGUAGAGAUAUAUCCAUGAAAAGGUUGGCAUCAUGGAUUAAAUGCCUGAAAAUAGUACUUUCAUAAGUAAAAAUAGUUUUCUUCCUUGAUGCAUGCCUCUGAUUUUGGAAUGGGCAUGAGGAAGGAGUAUCAAUCAUGGGGUUGCUUUCUUUCAUUUUUUCUUUGUUCUUUUAAAUAAAAAUUUCUUUCUAGUGUAAUAUUAUUACAAACUUUUUUAGUGUAAUAAUAUUACAAAUUUUUUUUUAAUGGCGGGUGCAGUUGUAGCGCUAU